UAUUAGUGUAUUAAAGUUAUAUACAUGGUUCAUGUAUUUCUAUUGUAUAGUGCUAGUAUAGAAUUAAUGCUUUGAAAAAUUCCUUUCUAGCCAAUUUUUUUAAAUUAAAAAAAAUGUGUAUGAGAGGAGUAGAAAUUGAUGGCAGAGAGCUUUUAAGUAAAAUUGUCAAUGAUACUUUGUAGAUAAACUAUACUGCAUUUUGUUGUAGACACAGCCAUUCAUUCAUGUAUUCAUUCACUUCAACAAAAUACUAUUUAGCACUAUUAAGUGCCAAACACUGUAUUAGGUGCUGGGGACCCAGGGGUGAGUGUGUAUAGUCAUAGACUAUAGAGUCCCAGGAAUUAACUAAACACACAGAUAAAUAUAGUGAAGAAAGAUGGUGAUGAGACAGGAAAGGAUCCUGGAGUCAAGAUCUGAAAGAAGGAGUUAACUAGGCAAGGAAGGGUAACAGUUUGAGUAAAGAUCUUAUGGAACAACAACAACAAAUUAACAGGCAACUAUAAAUCAGAGACUAAAUCAGAGCGGUCAUAGAACAUGCCAGGAAUUGAGGGCCACAGGUAUUGAGUACAGAGAACAAAGGGAAGAAGUAUGCAGAUGACACAUCCAGCAGGAUCUUUUAGAUCAAUGGAAAGGUACUGAAGAGAUUUAAGCAGAGGAGGGAUAUAUUCUGCCUUAAAAAAAGAAAUUAUUCAACAAUAUUUAUUGAGUGCCCAAGAUGUGCCAGGGUACUAUGCAAGAGUAUUGAUCUGCACAAUACACGAUUGUUAUGUAGUUGUAGUCCCACUUUGGACCUGGAGAACAUUGAAUCUGUGAAGGUCUUUCAGUGGGCAGAAGUUCUUUCCGUGGGCAGAAUUUCCAGCUAUGUCUUAAGGUUCACUUUGCCUGAAAGAGAUAACCUUGGAUGAUAAUUCAUGGUCAGAAUCCGUUGUCCAAGGUUGAUUGUGCAGUGGAUCAAGGACAUGAAAAGAGCAUGAUUGGAGAACUAGUGACAAGGAAGGCGUGGAAAGGGAUAUGUUGACGGACCUUGCAGAAUGACUCUUAAGAAUCAUAUAGAUAAAAUGAGCUACUCUAUGGAUGAGAUGCAGUUUCCUCUCCCGGGUUCUGUGUUUGCUCAGUGGAAUCAUGAACAAAAUGGCAAUGAUCACAGGAUUGGAGUUAUGCAUGGGAUCACCAAGUCUGCUGAGUGUUUAGGUGGCCAGCAGCAGUGACUAAUCCUGAGUUGCUGGUAAUACCCUAUAUUCCAAGAGAAUCGUCCAGCCACUAGGAGCUUGGAAAAAGAUGUAUGAUAUGAUGAGGCCUUUGUACAGAUUGACCCCGUGCUUAAGUACAUGAUUUCUGGUUUCAUGAUGAAUCCAUUUACUGAAGGAGGUGAAGGUACCAGGGUAAAGAUGGAUGACAGGUGCUACCCAGUGAUCUUCCCAGAUGCACGGAAUUUCCGCCCCUUCACUGCUGACUCCCUGGAUGCAAUUAAGAAGCGUAUUGCCAUCCAGAAGGAGAAAAAGAAAUCCAAAGGCCAGACGGCAGCAGAACCCCUGCCUAGACCUCAGCUUGAUCUGAAGGCUUCCAGGAAGUUGCCUAAGCUUUAUGGGGACAUUCCCCAUGAACUGAUAUCAAAACCCCUGGAAGACUUGGACCCAUUCUACAGAACUCAUCAGACAUUUAUGGUGUUGAACAAAAAGAGAACAAUCUACCGCUUCAGCGCCAAGCGUGCCUUGUUCAUUUUUGGCCCUUUCAAUUCUGUUAGAAGUUUAGCCAUUAAAAUUUCAGUGCAUUCAUUGUUCAGCUUGUUCAUCAUCUGCACCGUCGUCAUCAACUGCGUGUUCAUGGCCUCAGCUCUUGGAAAGGAUGGUAGUAACGAAACAGCCAACACCGCUGAGUAUGUCUUCACCGGGAUUUAUAUUUUUGAAGCUUUGAUAAAGAUAUUGGCAAGAGGUCUUGUUCUGGAUGAGUUUUCUUUCCUUCGAGAUCCAUGGAAUUGGCUGGACUCCAUUGUCAUUGCAACAGCGUUUGCAUCAUAUGUGCCAAAUCUCACAUUCAGCCUGUCAUCCCUGCGUACCUUCCGGGUGUUUAGAGCUUUGAAAGCAAUUUCUGUAAUUUCAGGCCUGAAGGUCAUUGUUGGUGCCUUGUUGCGCUCUGUGAAGAAGCUUGUCAAUGUGAUGAUCCUGACUCUCUUUUGCCUGAGCAUCUUUGCUCUGGUAGGGCAGCAGCUCUUCAUGGGAACUUUGAAUCAUAGAUGUGUCAGAGAGGACUGCCACAAUGUUACUGACGACAAUAAAGAGAACUGCCUUGAAAAAAAAAAUGCUUCAAGUGAUUUCAUAAUGUGUUACACCGGGAAUACUAACCGGUCUAGUGCCUGUUCUUUGGGAUAUGUAUGCAAAAGGACAAAUUAUAAUCCUGACAAUGGUUUUACGAAUUUUGACAACUUUGGCUGGUCUUUUCUUGCCAUGUUCCGGCUUAUGACUCAAGAUUCCUGGGAGAAACUUUAUCAGCAGGUCUUGCAUACAUCUGGGUGCUACUCUGUCUUCUUCUUUGUGGUGGUCAUCUUCCUGGGCUCUUUCUACCUGAUUAACUUAACCCUGGCUGUUGUUACCAUGGCUUAUGAAGAACAGAACAGGAAUGUAGCUGCUGAGACAGAGGCCAAGGAGAAGAUGUUCCAGGAAGCCCAGAAGCUGUUAAAGGAGGAGAAGGAGGCUUUGGUUGCUAUGGGAAUUGACAGAAGUUCACUUAAUUCCCUUGAAGCAUCAUCUUUUUCCCCAAAGAAGAAAAAGUUGUUUGGCAAGAAAAGGAAGUCCUUCUUUUUGCGAGAGUCUGGGAAGGACCAGGUUCCAGGAUCAGAUUCUGAUGAAGAUUCCCCCAAAAAGCCACCCCUCCUAGAGCAAACCAAACGACUCUCUCAGAACUUGUCAGUGGACUACCCUGAUGAGCUUGGAGACCCUUUCCAAAGACAGAGGGCAUUGAGUGCUGUCAGCAUCCUCACCAUCACCAUGCGUGAACAAGAAAAAUCACAGGAACCUUGUCUCCCAUGUGGGGCAAACCUGGCCUCCAAAUACCUCGUGUGGGACUGUAGCCCCCAGUGGCUAUCCAUUAAGAAGGCUCUGAGAAUUGUGAUGACUGACCCCUUCACUGAGCUGGUCAUCACCAUCUGCAUCAUAAUCAACACUCUCUUCUUGGCCAUGGAACAUAACACGAUGGAUGACAAUUUUACGAAAAUGUUGGAAACAGGGAAUUGGGUUUUCACUGCCAUUUUUUUGGCAGAAAUGGGCCUAAAAAUCAUCGCACUUGAUCCCUAUCACUACUUUCGCCGAGGCUGGAAUAUUUUUGACUGCAUUGUUGCUCUUCUGAGUUUUGCAGAUGUGAUUUGCCACUUUGUUGUGCCUGGAGGAAAGUCAUACUUCCGUUCUCUAAGAGUGCUGAGAGUCUUCAAGUUAGCCAAAUCCUGGCCAACUUUAAACACAUUGAUUAAGAUAAUUGGCCACUCCGUUGGAGCUCUUGGAAACCUGACUGUGGUCCUGACCAUUGUGGUCUUUAUUUUCUCUGUAGUCAGCAUGCAGCUUUUUGGCUCCCGGUUCAAUGACAAGAAGGAUAUAAAACAAUGCAGUGCUGGCUAUAACUCUACAAGCUUAUGUUUAAGACGCUGGCACAUGGGAGAUUUCUACCAUUCCUUCCUGGUGGUAUUCCGCAUCCUCUGUGGGGAAUGGAUCGAAAAUAUGUGGGAAUGUAUGGCAGUAGCUCAAAUGCCACUGUGCAUUAUUGUCUUUCUUUCCAUCAUGGUGAUAGGAAAACUUGUGGUACUCAACCUCUUCAUUGCCUUGCUGCUCAAUUCCUUCAGCAAUGAGGAGAGAGGGGAAAACAGGGAUGGAGAAACCCGUAAAACCAAAGUCCAAUUAGCUCUGGAUCGCUUCCAUUGGGCUUUUUGUUUUGUGAUAAAGACUCUUGAGCAUUUUUGUUGCAAGCGGUGCAGGAAGCAAAAUUUGUCAAAGCAAAAAGAGGUGACAGGAGACCCUGAUGUAGAAAACAAAGACGUCAUUCCCCCAAAGAACUUUGAUCAGCCUGCACCAAAGACUUUGAAUGUCGGGCAUGAUUGGAUUCAUUUGGCUCCACUUGCGGAGGAAGAAUGUGAUGUUCUAUCUCUUAGUGAAACUAAUCUACCAUCUAGUGCACAACCUGAUGCUGGAGAACAGAUCUAUGAAUUCCAUCCAGAUACCAGAAAGACCACCAGUCCAGGAGUUCAAAGUGUGGAAAUUAAUGUGUUCUCUGAAGAUGAUGCUUCUGUGGCAAUACAGGAUCCCCAAAAGAAGUUUGAUGCUACCAGUGUAUAUUCAGAAUGUAGUACUGUUGAUCUACAGAAUCCCUUUGGACAGGUGCUUGAAAUGGUUCCCAAAAAGCAACCAGGGAGAUGUUUGCCCAAAGGCCUGCGUCUCUGCUUUCCAUGGUGUUCCAUGAAUAGAAGCAACUCCCCCUGGGUCAUUUGGUGGAAUAUGCGGAAAACCUGCUACCAAAUAGUGAAACACAGCUGGUUUGAGAGUUUUAUUAUCUUUGUGAUUCUGCUGAGCAGUGGUGCACUGGUAUUUGAAGAUGUUAAUCUCCACAAACAAGUGAAAAUCCAACAAUUACUUAAUUGUACUGAUAUUAUUUUCACGUACAUUUUUAUCCUGGAGAUGGGUCUGAAGUGGGUGGCAUUUGGAUUUCUGAAGUAUUUCUCCAGUGCCUGGUGCUGGCUGGAUUUCAUCAUUGUGAUUGUCUCUGUGCCCAGUCUCACCAACUUAAUUCAACUUAAGCCCUUGCGGAUUCUACGAGCACUAAGGCCCCUCCGAGCACUGUCCCAGUUUGAAGGAAUGAAGGUGGUGGUCUAUGCUCUCCUCGGUGCCAUACCUGCCAUUUUGAAUGUUUUACUUGUCUGCCUCAUUUUCUGGCUCAUUUUUUGUAUCCUGGGAAUGAACUUAUUUUCUGGACAUUUUGGAAAAUGCUUUGAUCCAACAAAUAGCAACUUAGAGAUAAAUUACAGCAUUGUUGACAACCGAAACCAAUGUAAAAGUAAAAAUUUGUCCUGGGUAAUCCACGAAGUCAACUUUGACAAUGUAGGAAUGGCUUACCUGGCCCUGCUGCAAGUGGCAACAUUUAAAGGUUGGAUGGAAAUUAUGUAUGCAGCUGUCGAUUCCAGAGGGAAAGAUAAACAACCACAUUUUGAGGAGAAUAAAUACAUGUACAUUUACUUCAUAGUUUUUAUCAUCUUUGGCUCAUUCUUCACUCUGAACCUCUUUAUUGGUGUUAUUAUUGACAACUUCAACCAACAGCAGAAAAAGUUAGGUGGCCAAGAUAUUUUUUUGACAGAAGAACAGAAGAAAUACUAUAAUGCAAUGAAAAAACUGGGAUCCAAAAAACCUCAAAAGCCAAUCCCAAGACCUCUGAACAAAUUCCAGGGUUUUGUGUUCGACAUCGUGACAAGCCAAUUCUUUGACGUCAUCAUCAUCAGCUUCAUUCUCCUCAACAUGGUUUUCAUGAUGGCUGAGUCACAUGAUCAGUCUGACCAUGUAGAAUCCACCCUUGAGCAUCUCAACCUGGCCUUUGUGGUCAUCUUUACAUUUGAGUGCCUCAUCAAAAUCUUUGCUUUGAGGCAAUUCUACUUCACCAAUGGCUGGAAUUUAUUUGAUUGUGUGGUUGUGGUCCUCUCUAUUGUUAGUUCAAUAGUUACUGCCUUGGGAAAGAAGCACAUUCCCUUUCCUCCGACGCUCCUCAGAAUUAUCCGCUUGGCCCGGAUUGGCCGAAUCCUAAGACUCGUUCGGGCAGCUCGAGGAAUCAGGACGCUCCUUUUUGCUCUGAUGAUGUCACUUCCUUCUCUGUUCAACAUUGGCCUUCUCCUCUUUCUGAUAAUGUUUAUCUAUGCCAUUUUUGGUAUGAAAUGCUUUAGUGAUGUGAAGUUAGAGGCUGGCGUUGAUGACAUAUUCAACUUCCAAACUUUUGUUGGUAGCAUGCUCUGUCUCUUCCAGAUAACCACAUCUGCAGGCUGGGACAGUCUCCUCAGACCCAUGUUGCGAGAAGGCACGCCUGAAUGUAACCCCGAAAUUCAGAACUGUAGCCGCUCUGCCAUAGCCACAGCCUACUUCGUCAGCUACAUCAUCAUCUCCUUUCUCAUUGUUGUCAAUAUGUAUAUUGCUGUGAUUCUGGAAAACUUCAAUACAGCCACUGAAGAAAGUGAGGACCCUUUGAGUGAAGAUGACUUUGAAAUAUUCUAUGAAGUUUGGGAAAAGUUUGACCCGGAAGCAACACAGUUUAUCAAAUAUUCUGCCCUUUCUGAUUUUGCUGAUGCCCUUCCUGAACCUUUGCGUGUGGCAAAGCCAAAUAGAUUUCAAUUUCUAGUAAUGGACUUGCCCAUGGUGGAUGGAGAUCGCCUCCACUGCAUGGAUAUUCUCUUUGCUUUCACCGCAAGGGUACUCGGGGACUCCAGUGGCCUGGAUAGCAUGAAAGCAAUGAUGGAAGAGAAGUUCAUGGAGGCCAACCCUUUCAAGAAGUUAUAUGAACCCAUAAUCACCACCACGAAGAGGAAGGAAGAGGAAAGAUGUGCUGCUGUUAUUCAAAAGGCAUUUCGAAAUCACAGGGUGAAAGUGACCAGGUGUCUGUUGGAAGGCAGACCUCAAGCCGCUCUCCAGACUCUCUGCAAUGGAGACUUGCCCAGCUCCGGGGUAACUGAGGGCAAGGUCCACUAUGACUGAGCCCAUCACAUCCACCCUUACCUUACAGCCUUCUCUCCAGGCUCUGAGCUACUGGGGGUCCACAGCUCAGUAGAAGAACAAGCAGUGGACUCAUGGAACAGGCCAUUGUGCUUUUCUGACUGAAAGAAAUGAUAUUUCAGUGUUCACUUCAAGUGAUUCUUGCAGAGAUACAAAAUAAGGCUGUUAACAUCUGGUAGUGUUUAAUAAGUAAGAACAUACUAGAGAGUGCCGUGGAGGGCACACUAAUGUUAGGAUUGGAAACACAAUUCAAAUUAUGUCAAAAUAAAAGAAC